ACCUAAGUAGAGAGGGCAAGUCCCGGAAGUCAACUGCAUUUAAGUGAAUUAAAACUCGUUGCAGAGGUUCAAGAGUUUUCAGAAUACGGAAGCACAGCAGCUGAUCCCUGCAGUCAUUUCAAUCGGCGUGCAAGAAUAAGCAAAUGGAUAGCAGCUCCACCUCAGAUGACAAACCUGUACAGCGAGCCAAGGCCUACAGUUUUAAUACGCAGAGAGAAACGUGCUCAUCCUGCGGGAAGACGGUCUACCCCAUGGAGAGGCUGAUUGCGGACAAGCUGAUCUUUCAUGCCGCUUGUUUCUGCUGCAAACACUGCAAAACCAAACUCAGCCUUGGCUCCUAUGCGGCUUUGCAGGGUGAGUUUUACUGCAAGCCGCACUUUCAGCAGCUCUUCAAGAGCAAGGGGAAUUACGACGAGGGCUUCGGCCGCCGCCAGUACAAGGAGAUGUGGGCUUCCAAGGAGCCCGACACCAAGGAAGCCUGACCAUGCUGCCCCCCCCCCCAACACAAAUGGGCUUCCAACAUAGAUUACACACUUCUUACAUUAUGACCUGCUCCACUUACACGCUCCUACAGCUGCAGCAUCACUUAAAGCAUCCGGUCAAAGAUGUGUGUUUUAUUUCUUCAAAGCAUUUUUUUCUCUCAAUUUUUUACUUUGCUUAGCUCCCAAAUAGAAUGUGAAUGAGCUAAUUACUUCAUUUUGCUGUUAGCUUGAAUGAUAGAUUUCAAUGUGAUCAACAUUGUGUUGAACAAGUAAUUUUAAUUAUUAGCAUUAUUAGCAAUGUUGUUUACUCAUUAACUGCAGCUUUAUGUGUGGGAACAAUUACAUUCAUGUUUAUUUCAGCACAAUUAUAAUUACUAUAUGAAUACAACUUUUUUAUAUUUAAUUUUUGCCUCGUUUUUUUUCUUAUUCCCUUACAUAUGUUGUUAAAAUACUUGAACAAUUAGGAAGACCUACGCAUAUUGAUAAUCGAUGUUGCCUUGCAGACAGACAAUCAUUUUGAUGUUUCUCAUCAAAAUUACAGGACACAGUCCUGUCUUCUGUUGUAUGCUAUGUAAUGAUGGUUUCACAGCAUCAUGUGUGAGGGAAGCUGAAAUGUCUGAUGUGUGUUUUGACAUCAGCUUUUGUGUGUACGUAUUUAGUCAUAAGGGAAAGCUUCAUCUUUCUUUUCUGCCAUGAAUUUACAUAUAUUUUAAGAUAUUCACUUAUGCCUAUGACUAGUGUCACUUUGGGGUCUUAGGUGGAUCCACCUGAUUGAUGAAAGCAGGAGUUUAUUGGGACAAUCUAGUGCUAUUUUGUUAAGACUAGGCCUCAAAUUGCAAUCACGUGACUUUUUGUGUUGCUGUAGGUCAUGCUUACAAGACACGUGUAACACAUUUCUGUAGUCUGUGCUGAUAUUCAUGUCAGCAUAUUUUAAUGAUAAUUAACUAUGAAGGUAGUCGACACACUGCUCUUUACGUUAAAUAGAAGAGUUUUUUUAAUCCCACAAUUUUUUGUUAUAUAAAUGGAUGAUGAGUAUUGACUGAUACAGACUUAAUACAGUGAGUUAAACAGCAAAUCUCCAAUUUUCUUACACCAAAAACUUUAUUAGACCAUAUUCUGUCCUACUUUGGUCCAUCAGUACUGGUGAAUGUAGCAUCCCAAUACUGGGAGUGAUUCAGGCGUUAGAAUAUCCUGGUGCAUCCAGCAACCAGGCAGGUCUGAAAACAGAGCACUCAUCGUAUUGUGAUAGCUGUCAGGGGAAAAGCAAGAUUCCUUUCUACCUCCGAGAUCACAGCAAAACUCAGGAAGAUCUGUUCUGGUAUUGCAGCUCCAAAAUAUGUACUGUCAUUAUUUCAUCAUUUUAUGUGUAGUCACUGAAUAAAAUGUAGCCAAAUACUGGAAGGCUUAUCAAUACUCUCCAGCACAAGAAAAGAGAGAGUGAUCAAUGACACAUGUAACAGCUUCACUCCAGGGGACUGGAAAGCUAAAUGGGGCCAUGGAGGCCAAUAUCAAUGAACUGUUCUGUAACAGAGGAGCUCAUCACUGUGUUCACCCAACAUACCAAAGAGAAGACCUGACAAAUAAGGAAUGUAAUAACAUUAUGGCCUUGCCUUGAGAUUUUUAUGCAAAGCUUGUUACCCAGAUUUUUGUCCAGUACCAUUUUGGUUCCAGAGUUACCAGAACUACUGCCUAUGAGCAGAAACAUAUACAGAGUAGUUCUUUUUUGGGACAAUGGAAUCUGCACUGCUGGUCAGUUAAAUUCCAUAACUGUGGUCUUCAUUAAGAGCUAUUUUCAGAAUUGUUUUUGGGUUUAUGGUUGUUAGGUCAUUUCCAAUAGAUGGAAGUGGAAAUAUCUUAACCUUUUCGAUAUACAAUGUUAGGAUAGUCACUUCUGUUCAUUUAUUUUCAAUACAUGAAGCAUUUUCUGAACCAGAACAGUGACACGUAUUAUGCAACUUUUCACCUAUUUCGCAACUACUAUUAACAACAUACAGUUUCUGCUUCAUUAAAAUGGGCAAUUUUGAUGUGUUUCAGUGUUUGAUGUAAGUCUGCAAACUUAGAUGAUUUAACAUGCAAUGUAACAUGCUAUUUCAGUACCUUAAAUCUCUAGGCAGUUACUUAUAUUUAAAUUUGGUAUAGUAUGACUAGUGUGCAAAACAAAUUUAAAAUGCAAAUGAGAACAUAUGAAUUUGAUUUGACAAAUGAUUUUAUUUUAUGUUGUUAUAAUGAAGUCGCAUAAAAACACACAGGAAAUUGAUUUACCAACCAUGAUGAUAAUAAUAAGGAUGUUGAUUAUUAUUUACAGCUAUGUUUUGGUAUUGUGUGCAUCCGUUUUGCACUUGCUAUAUGACCAUACUUAUUAAUCUCAUUUCCUAACAAUUUUAAACUUGAUUUCUGUCAGAUACAACUUUAUAACCUGUGUUCCCAGUUUUCAGUGGUCUUACCUUCUGUUAUUCCAGAGAGUACUGCAAAUGUAUGCAUAUUUUCCACAUUGUAUCAGAAACAAUAAAAACAUUGUAUGAGUAUAUUUAUAUGGUUUGUGCUGGACAAACUGAUGUGAAUGCAAUGCCAAUGUUUUCUGCAAGAAAAUUUUCUUUAAACUUGAGUUGUGAAGGAAUGUUGUGGCCUUGUUAUUUUAACAUUUUCAAUUUUUUAUUUGAUACUUUUUGUAUUCUAUGAUCAAUCUAAAGUUUGUUUUAAGUAAAGAUAAAUAUAAGGAU